AUAAACAGCACGAUAAGAAAAGUUAAUUUUCGCAAACAAUUGCGAAUAUCUAAAAUACCGUUAUAUGAUGCGUUCGUGUAUGAUUCAAUUUUCAGGCAGAAGAAAAAAUGGUGAUGCAUAUUAAUUACGCGUACAUCGUCGUAUUUGCUGGCAACUUGCUGGCACUCACGGGCGACACAACAUUAACAUGGUCGUCACCAAUCCUACCGAAACUACACUCGAAUGAUUCCAGCAUCAAUCCACUAAGGAACCCUAUCAACGACGAUGAAGAAUCCUGGAUCGGUUCUUUGCAGAAUAUUGGAGCGAUGUGCGGCAUUAUUCCAGUAGGUUAUUUGGCGGACAGGAUAGGCCGAAAACCAGUAUUAUUAUUUCUAGCUCUACCUCACUUGGCCGCCUACUCAGCAUUCGCCUUCGCAAAAAACAUAAAUUGGUAUUACUUCGGUCGACUCGUAGGAGGUGUCUCCCUUGCCUCUAGUUAUGUCGUUCUGCCUAUGUACGUCGCGGAGAUUUCGGAAGAUUCCUAUAGAGGCAUGCUGUUGGUAUCUUAUAGUACAUUCGCCAGUUUUGGCGAUCUCGUCCCAUACAUUAUGGGGCCUUAUACUUCCAUUUUCUGGUUCAAUAUUAUUUUGGCAAUAUUCCCAUUAGUGUUCCUCAUCUCUUUUUCCAUUCUGGCACCAGAGAGUCCUUACUUCUAUGUGAACAAAAACGACUACAAAGCCGAGCUGUCUCUCAAGAAACUAAGGCAUGGGCAACUGGCGUUUGAUGCGAAGAAUGAGAUCGAGGAAAUUAAAAACGAAAAGUUGAAAAACCAGGAAGGAGAUUUUAUCAACACACUGAAGAAAAAGUACGUCAUCAGAGGCUUCAUUAUAGCUCUCGGACUCAGCUGUUUUCAGCAGCUUUCUGGUUUAGGGGCUAUUCUAGCUUAUACCGAGAUCAUUUUUGAGGAUGCUGGCACGAAUGUUUCUGCAGACGUUGCAUCCCUCAUAGUAGGCAUAGUUUUAUUCCUUGCCAGCUUUGGAGGACCUCUCAUGGUUGACAGGAAAGGUAGAAAAUUUCUGUUGUCGUGUUCAGCAAUCGGAGUGAUCGCUUCUUUAAGUACACUGGGUUUAUACUUUUACUUGAAGGACGAAACCGAAGUUUCUGUGAAAAAUAUUUCUUGGCUACCAAUUCUGUGCCUGGUGAUCUAUGUCGUAUCAUUCAAUAUCGGAUUGGGGCCUUUACAGUAUACAGUAACUUCGGAAAUUUUGCCUUCGAAUAUCAAGUUUUUUCUUGCUACCGUUUCAGGUUUCAUGUCGUGGGUGGUUUCUUUUGCAGUUACGAAAUUGUUCAAUGAUCUCAGAGUUACUUUGGGACAGGGUGAAACUUUCUGGUUGUUCGCGGGAUUUUGUACGAUAGCCCUUCUGUUCAUUAUUUUCAUUAUUCCUGAAACUAAGGGUAAAAGUUUCCAGGAGAUACAAAUUAUUUUGAACAGGUGAUAUUCACUUAUCUUCUAUAUGAAUCGAUGUAAUCCCAAUAUAUUUUCAAAAUUUUUAAAAUAAAUUAUUAUUCAAAGUGGUA